AUGUAUUGCCAGAAAUGUCGGACACCAUUGAAGUUGGACGGCUCUCUCGAGUCGCUGAAUCCAGCCGCCUUCGACUUGCUUAUCGGAUCUACAGGUAGAACGCUUCCAGAACAGGGGGGCAACAUAUCGUCGUCCCGACCCUCUUAUCCCCAGGAAAGACGGGAGCUCUACGAUCGGGUUUCCAGACAAUCUACAUCGCCGUUGUAUCGAAGAUCGAUCCCGGGUCCUCGCCAUGCUGCCGGAAAUCAAAUUACGCCCUCGAGGCUUGGACGGGGGGAUAGUGGCAAUAUGUCCUUUGUGAUGCUUACAGAGUCCCAAGUUGGGCCACCUCACACCAUGCCUGGGGCGACAGGCGACAGUCAGGCAUCAUCCAAGGGUAAACGACGAUCCAGUACACAAGGCACCGAAAAUGGUGCGGAAGAUGGGUCAUUUUCGGAUCAGGUUGAACGGACUGGACGGUUGUUUGAGAUUAUAUCGUCGCGCUCCGAUAUCGACCAUCCUAUCUGUACUGAAUGCACGGAGAUGGUUGUGGACGGGUUGCAAAAACGGUUGGCGGGGGCUACAAAAGAGCGAGAUGCAUAUAUAUCAUUUUUGAGGAAUCUGAAUACCUCCGUUCCGACCGCGGAAGAGCUCGAGGCAGCCGAGAAAUCGCUCCAGGAGACGCUCGAGGCAGAAGAGUCGGCUUUUGCAGAACUCGUUGAGCUGGAGCAAGAAAAGACUGAUCUAGACGAGGAGAUAGCCAAAUUGGAAGAGGAGUCGCGGCAACUCGACUUGGAGGAAGAAGGAUUUUGGCGUGACCGCAAUGCGUUUUCGCUGACCCUCUCCGACUUCCAGAACGAGCGCGAUGCUUUGAAUAUGCGAUACGACCAUGAUUCGCGCCAGCUCGAGCGACUCCAGAGGACCAAUGUCUACAAUGAUGCGUUUUGCAUUGGGCAUGACGGCUACUUUGGGACGAUCAAUGGGUUGCGCCUUGGUCGUCUGACCAACCCGUCAGUGGAGUGGCCCGAAAUCAAUGCGGCCUGGGGCCAGACGGCGCUUCUCUUGGCGACCAUUGCGGACAAACUAGGGUUUCAAUUCCAGGGGUAUCGACUGAGGCCAAUGGGGUCAACGUCGCGAAUAGAGAAGAUCGAAUAUCCUCAGCAGUCGGCGAGUCAGUCGGUGGUUAGUGGGGGGAACCCGAAUCCCUCAGUGGCGCCAAAGAUCACAGCUCUUGAUCUCUUUUCCUCCGGGGAUCUCCCGCUCAAUCUCCCCUGGCUUCACCGCCGAUUCGACGCAGGCAUGGUGGCGUUUCUGGAAUGUCUGCGUCAGCUGGGGGAGUUUGUGGAAACCACACCGGCGCCAGUGUCGUCUGGCCGUCGAGGGCAUGCUGCUGGCAUCGCGGCCCCCGGGUUGAAGCUCCCGUACGAGAUCCGACGGGACAAGAUUGGGGAUGCGAGCAUCAAGCUUGGGUUCAACCAGAACGACGAGACGUGGACACGGGCGUGCAAGUACACGCUGACCUGCUGCAAAUUCCUGCUGGCCCACGCGAGCAACGUUGCCAGCGCGGGUUCUAGUAACUCUGCCGCUGUGGCCGCAGCGGCCGUUGCAGCAGGGGAACAAGCCCGAUUGGCAAGCAGUCCAACAAAGAAGUAA